AGUACGAUGCAGUACCUACUACUGGUGAAAUGUCAACAAAAAGUAUGGAGAAGGUAAUAUUCAAACGUGGAAUAUCUUAUCACCAUGGUUAUCAAAAUUUCAUUUAGUUGUUCGUAUAGUUAUGUGUUGCGUUUUUCAUAACCAUAGUUACAAAUUUAAGCUUAUUAUAUAAAUAUGUAUUCGCGUUAACGCCGUGUAAUUUUUAUCAUCGUCGAGCUUUUAUUUUUUUCUUUCGCUAAUAAGGUUUCGAUAUCUCGUUAAAUUAAUUCAUACGGCGGUUAAAUGUAGAAAAAUUCGCGAUUUAUGGUGAUUUUUGUAUUCGUAUGUGCAGUUACGUGUUUAAAAGGAGUUUUUUUUUCACUUCGGUCGGCCGAGUACGUGGAUAUAAUUUCGUUCGAGUUGUUCGAUUAAAGCAGUCUACGGUGUAAAAUGUGUUAGUGCUGCGAUGAAGAUGACAUAUUACAAUUUUUCAACAUCGAUGGUUCGUUCGAUUCAUUUAUGGUUUUAUUAAUGUCGGAUUUAUACAUAGCGACGCCAAAUGAUCUUCUCCUUAGGUUACCAGGAUUAUUGAUGGUCAUUAGUUUGACAUGUUAAACGAGUUUGGAUCCUAUGCGGACGCUCUGGAUAAUACAAAAACCGACCUAGGUAGGAAAAACUUGAACCUCGCAUCCGACCGCGGUAACUUCUGCGCCAGCAAUGUCAACGAUAUCGGGCCACGACCUGCAAAUUUGCCCGUACCUGCUGCAACGUGGAACUGUAACCCGUAUCUGGGCAAUUUCUACAACUACUACGGCGGCGGUAACAACUCGUACGAGACGUCGGAUGUGCACCAAUACGACAAUCGAAAAUGCGCCGGCAGCGUGUACCAAUCUUCGCCUCGCAAUUACACCCAGCACGCUAUCCCAUCGGCGUCUGUGCUGCAAUGCUGCGACCCUCGAUGCCAGCUAUUCUCCGAUCAUUCGAAAUACCCUUUUAGUAACACUUUAGCCAACAAGUAUAAUAAUCCGCAGCGUACCAAGGGGACUAAAAAUUGUUACGAUGCUGCGCUGGAGCAGACGACCACCGGGUCGCCGACGACGCCGACUACCCCUUUGAAACCAGACAAGACUAUCGAUCGGAGUAAAUAUCCGUCUUUCGCUUACGCUCCGAUGCAACCUAAUAUGAAUAAAUAUAACGGCCAGCAACCGCCACCUGCGAAUUACAACGCUUUAUACCAGAAUCCGGUCAAACCUUCGAAACACGUGUUGCUGCCUUCGCCGGAAUCGUCGUCUUACGGUGAUUACUACACCGAUAUCGGCAAACCAUCGUAUUGGAAUAAACAAAACAGCAAUUUAUGGAAUCGAGGGAUGUCGAAUUCGUACUACGCACCUCCCCCUCCUCCCCCGCCGCCACCUCCUCCUCCGCCGUUACCGCCAUCGUCGUCUGCGUCAUUCGAUCACGAUAAAAUGCAGCAGAAAAUGGCCCCAGGGGUCCAUCAGCAUGAACAAAACGCAGCGGCAGCGGCUCAACGCGGCAUAUUGUUCAAUCGACUGCUCGAUCAUCGAAGUCGAACCAUGUACGAUGCGGGUUACCUACCAAAUUACCAUUAUGGGCGACCUCCGCCACCGCCUUUGACUGCCCAAAGUCAUAAAAAUCCGGCCGUGGUUGCAGCUGCGGCGUACUACCAGUCUUACCAAGAUCGUGAAAUUUACCAAGAUUAUAAUGGGACUGCUCAUACCGCUCGAGCUCCUCCCCCACCGGCGUCUUCGUCGAUGCAAAACUCCAAUAGUUACCAAUCUCUUCCGUUGUAUAAUGUACAUUACGUCGAUCCCAGUGCCAGUGCGGCCGCUGCUGCUGCACAUGCAGCCGCCGCAGCGGCAGCUCACAAAGAUACCAAAGAUUCGAAGGCUGAAGAAAAUAAAAACCGAUUGUUGGAUAAGAAUCCGAAUCUGGAUGUAAGAGAGUUCCUGUCUACGUGGGAUGAUGUCGAGGAUGACAAAGCACCCGAACCUGAGACUCCGGUCAUUGUGUUGGAUUGCACGUCGUUGGAGGCUGAAGCUUUGGCCAAAGUUAAAGAAAAACUGGCUGAGAACAUUGCCACUGAUUGUAGUCCAGUUAACGAGACCCCCGCAGCUAUUGAAUUCAAUUCGCACGCGGGUAAUGCGACUGUUCUCAAAGUCAUAGAUGAUCAGAUCGUCUCACCUCAUACCAGUGUGAUUCAAGAAAGUGUCGAGAAUUCAUUCGCAGCAUCUUCGAAAAAAGAUAAAACAGAUCAUCAUGCUGCUGAUAAGGCUCAUCAUACUGAAUCUAGUCAUAACGAUGGUUACAAUAUGUGGUAUGGUGGGGCCAACACCACUGGCCCUCCUGCAUCGUCUCAGCACAAGAAGAAAGAUGAUUUAUCCUACGAUCUGGUCGAGAUGACUGAACGUUUUGUCAACACAGUUGAUAAAUUAUUCGGCGAUGAGAAAAGCAACACUAAUGAAAGAGAACCACCCCACUACUACGAUGCCCAUAACCAUCAUCACCAUCAUCAUCACAAAGAAUCUGCUGAUAAAACCGCCGAAGAUGAAUGGAACAUCAACUUCAACUAUAAACGUAAUAAAUCUGCAACUGCUCAUAGUGGUAUAGCUGUACCUGAACCUAGAUACAGCAGACCUACCAAAGAAGACCUGAUUCAAGGCUGCAAAAACUACCCAGAUGAACCAGACAAGAAUGUCUCGUGCAGCUUUAAUCUGCAAAAGACCAGCAACGACUUGAAAUUCUCCGUCAAUUAUUCCAAGCAGACUGAAUGCUAUUCAACCAGGGUACAAGACUACUCUGUCAAAACAUGUAAAAACCCCUCCAGCAACAUCAGCAGUAGCCAUGAGAAAGCUGAAAGAGCUUAUAAGCAACCUUGUCAGCAGCAGAGAAUGGAAGACUACUCCUAUAAAAACUAUUACAACUCGUACUACUACAAUAACCCCAGCUACGAGUAUAUGCAAAUGCAUAGUAACGUCAAAGAAUGCACUUACGAUGUUGAGAACAUCGAUCGUGAAAUAUGCAAUGAUAACGCCAGUGACAUCACUUUAGUCAAAGCAGAUCUUGAAAAAUCCCUAAAAGAGAUCACUCACCAGUUCAGUUACCAAAAGAAACUAGAAAAUAGUGAAAAAGAGUUACCCAAAGAGAAAACUCCCCCACCUGCGUACGAUUACCACCACCACAAUACCCACAACUACCUCGAUGACAACACCAGUCCUACCAAAAAUGACUCGCUCGAGAUGCACAAGUUGGAUGAUACCAACACCUCAACCACUCCUAGCUCUGAUAAUGCUGCUGAAAGCUCUGUUCUGGCUACCAGUGUGAUCCAAAAAACUGGAUCAUGUAACGAGAAACCAAUCUACGAUGAAAUCAGAGACGAGUCGUACAAUGAGAAUAGUAUGCUGAGUAUGCCUUCUUUGUCACCUCCUUCUACCUCAGCUGCUGAAAACAGAUCAGUCGGUGGUGGUGUUGAAUUAACAUUGAAUGAUGUCUACGACGAUGAGGUGAUUUUUGACACAUUGGAUAAAUCUUCCCAUCAUGAAGAGCAGCAACCUACCAGCGAUGAAAACUGCUUGAAUUUUUUGAAUAUUGUGAAAAAUGAUGAUAAAAGGGAAAGCGUCGUGUAUCCGCUAAAUUUAGCCAUAACCAAAGAUAAAGAUCAUGUUCAAAGUGUAGUCAAGUUCACCAAUACUGUUGUUGAUAACCCAGAUGACAAAAUUGUCAAUACAGCUAAAGAACCUGAUACAGUAUCCAAAGUAGAUGAUGGGUAUUAUUCGGUUGAAAAUCAUUAUGAUAAAGAUAGCAGAAACGAAUUUGAUGGUCAUGAUUUAGAAAAUGAAAUGAAAACUCCAGUAACCCAGCAGCCAACUGAAGAUAGCCAAAAAACCAUCUACAAAACGUGCAUUGUAUCCAGAGAACAAUACGAACAGCCUGCUAUUCAACAAAGUCAAGAAUUACCUCACAUCACCAAUGAUCAUUCUGUACCUAAAUCAACACCUGAUGAGAAUACAUCAAACUUGACUGAUUGUGUUUCAAAUCCAACUACAACUCCACCAAUUGUUGAAUCAAAUCACAUAUCUGGUAAUGAUGCCAAGUCACCAGAGUGUGAUAACGAGACAUUAUCAGAUCCAGAUAGUCGUGAUAAAACAACAACCGAUGAUGUUAAUAAAUUCAAUAAUUCAUCGACAGAUGAAGAAAAAAUGUUGAAAAGCUCGAAAUUCAAGAAAUACAAAAAACACAAGAAGAUGAAAAUCAAAGAAUUGCAGAUCCUGCAGGAAACUGGUUCGGUUAUCAAAGAGAACGGAAAUGUUACCAAUUUCAAAAACAUGUUCCCCAAUAUUCGAGCCUGUGAAGCAGACGAAGGAGGUUUCUCGAUGAAAAUGAAAUUUAUUCGUAAUAAAAAUUCUGCCGAAAAUGAAUAUCAAGCAACCAAAAGUGAGAUGAAUGGGCAUACUUUGGUGACUCGCUCGUUGCCUGUUCUUGUGACUGGUGACGAAAUUGAUGACCUCGAAACUGAUUUUAACAACAUCAAGAAGCGUAAAUUCACCAGUUGUGUCAAAGAUGCUGAUUUACCAGUCAAAAAACGCAAACAAGGAAUGGUCGGCAUUGAUCAGAGUUUUACAGACAGUGACAAAAAUCCUCAGACUAAAGAAAUAGAAAGUGCACCACCAUCACCUCCACCUAUUCUGGACUCUGUAGCUGCCCCAGUUGAAGAUAUUGCAAUGAAGACUCUAAUCGAGCCUACGUCUGAUGGCUCUAAUGACAAGUUUUCAUUAAAUGGGAAGCACCAGGUGGAUUUGAAAAAUGUUGAGUUUUGCGAUGAGAAAAUUACUGUUGAGAAUGAACCCAUGUUGGUGGAAAAGACAACAAUGGAGAUGGAAGUGUCACUAGUUUUGGACUCAAAUAAUGUUCAUCGUCGUCAAAAGAUGAAAAAGAAACAUAAAAAGGAUAAAGAUAGAGUAAAAAGUAAAAGCAGCAAGAAACAGAAGAAAAAGUUGGAAAAGCUGUUCAGAGAGAGGCGGAAAUUAUCUUCUUACAUUGAUGAUACUGAUGCAUUGAUGUCACCAGAGCAGACAAUGUUGAGUAAUGCAUUGGAUGACCCUUAUAAAUUUGGUUCUUCUGGUUCUGACCACCAAGAUCAUAGUUGGAAUCAUGAUGAAGCUAAAGAAACACAUGAGCAUGCGAUACAAGAGAACCAUCACGAUGUAAAUGUCAAAUAUUCUGAAGUUGCAGGCUCAAAUACCAUCAACUCUGGCAACUGUGAUGAAGAUCCAAGUGUUUCUCUUGUUGACAAUGAUCAGAUCAUCAGAAAAGAAACACUGGUCAACAAUUGCAAUUACACCUCUGCAUCACCUGAUGACUCAACAGCCAUUCAAAAAAGUCCUUGCUCAACAACUGUGCCCCCUGCCAAAAGUAUUCCCAUAUGUGUGAAUUCUGAUGAAAAAUUGACUCAUUCGAUGACACAAAUCAACGCUCAAGAGAAUAAGCACGAAGCUACCCAGUCACACAAAAAAUAUAAUCGGCAGGAGAAGCACACCUCAUCUGAUAGUGAAAAUUACACCUCUCGUUCACGCAAAAAGCUCAAAUCAUUCCAUAAACGAGCUUUCUCCGAUGACGAUGAGCGCCGUGUGCCAUCUAGUAUCACUUUCAAUCCUGAAUUCAUCUGUAAGAAAAGAAUAAAUUCCGUUAUCUCGUAUUCAACUCAUCCAACAUCACCUGAGAUUGAUGCUGAUCUUGAUACUUUGCCAUCAAAUAACCACAGCUUACUGGAUGAUCACUCAGAGUUGAACUUCAAUGACGAUGAGAAUCCAGCUUCAACUCUGACAAGAUCUCCUCAAGUGGCUGAUAUCGAGAAAAGCCUUCAGAGUCCAGCGAAACUGUCGCCAAAGCUUGCCAUUUCUUCACCUCUUCAGUCACCUAAUGAGUCAUGUGCACCUGUUUGGCCGCCUGAUUUGCCCAACGAAUCAGAUUCUGUGCAUGACCAAUCAGUCUCAUCACCUGCUGAGUCACUACAUGAAUCGAGAUCUAUCUCUUCGCCUCCUGAGUCACUUCAUGAGUCAGAACCAGUUACAUCGCAUCCUGAACCACUUCAAGAUUCGGGUGUUGUUUGCGACCAACCUGUGAUUUCACCUCUGCCAUCGCCUCACGAAUCAGAUACUUUUUAUGACCAACCAGUUACCUCUGUGAGAUCUGAUUUAUCAGAGCUGACAACUGUUACUGAUCAAGAAUCGAUUAAUAUGGUUGAAAAUCAGCCAGAGGUUUCAAUCAAAGACACCGAAUCCGAGCUGAACAUUCAUUCUGCUCAUCAAAGCCCUCAAAUUUCACCAUCUAGUUCGCCUAUUCGUGCUGAAAACGAAGAGGUACAGACUGAGCAAUACAAGGACAUUGACUCACAUCCUAAAAUCAUCACAGAUGAGCUUGAUGAAUUACCUCACGAGGAACCACCUUCCCAAAUCGAUGACCAAAUCAGUGACACUAAAAUAUCCUCCCCUUGUUGGUCUAAAGAACCUUCACCACCACCUCCUCGAUGUGAAUCGCCACAAGAAGUAAAUAUCGAUAAAACUACCGAAGAAAAUCACUCUCCAUCUUGUGACAAUUCGCCUAGAAAAAUGAGCGUGGACGAAACUGUCGAGGAAAAUCACUGGUCUCGUGAAAAUUCUCCUAGAAAAACAAAUCUUGACGAAACUGUCGACGAAAAUCACUCCUUAUCUUGCGAAAAUUCACUUCAAAUCAACGUUCCCGAAACUGUUGAGGAAAAUCACGCUUGGUCUUGCGAAAAUUCACCUCGAAAAAUAAACGACGACGAACCUGUUGAGGAAAAUCAUCGCUGGUCUCGUGAAAAUUCACCUGUAAAAAUAAAUGACGACGAAACUGUCGAAGAAAAUCAUCUAAAAUCUUGCAAAAAUUCUCCCGCUAAAAUGAACGAAGACGAAAUCGAACCUGUUGAAGAAAAUCAUCCUAUGUCUUGCGAAAAUUCACCUCAGAAUAUAAACGUCGAUGAACCUACCGCAGAAAAUCACUCCUGGUCUUGUGAAAAUUCACCCCACAAAGCAAACGUAGACGAAUCGGUCGAAGAAUAUCAUCCCUGGUCUUGUGAAAAUUCGCCUCGAACCAGUUUCGUCGAAGAAUACGUUCCUCAGCCCAUAUCCUGGUCUCCUGGUCCGAUCGUUGGCGAAUGUAUAGUCGAAACGAGUCACAACGAUGAGGAGGACGAGGAAGAAGAAGAUGCUGAUGAGGAGGAGGAGGAGGAGGCUAUCGAAGAUACCACCAACUGGUGUCAAAGCUCACCUUUCCAUCUAGACAGUAAUAUCGAUCACGAAGAAGCCAUUUCAAAUGCACCAGAUUUAGACAAAUGUGAUUGGUCGAACGAUAUUACACCAGUCAUAUCUGAAGACGAAGAAGAAACUCAAAUCCAAUCACGUGUUUCUUCCCCUAGUUACGAACCUGAAACUACCUCGACGAAUAGAUCUCCUCCUAGUUCCCCUUAUCGAUCAGAUAUCGAGUCACCUAAAAGAUCAUCGUCAUCUUCGUCCUCUUCUAGUGACUCUGAGCAGUCUGAUGUCGAAUACGAAUCCAGACGUAAACGACGACGUAGCAGUAAAGCCAGCUCAACUAAAUCAUCAUCCAAAGCAUCUGAUCCCGAUUCAUCCGACGAAGAUGAAACUUACCAAAGACGUCGAACGUCGUGCAGAAAAUGCAGCUCGGACGACGACGACGACGAAGCGAAAAGCCCUUCGAAAGAUGACUCGGGAGACGAAUCGUCAUCAAUUUGCGAAGACGACUGUGUUAAUAAAUUAGACGACGAUUUGUUCAAUAUUCCCAGCGUAGCUCCGACUCCUCAUUGUGAUCUGAAUAAGGAAGAAGACGAAUUGGACGAAUCGACCGAUACGUUAAAAGAUUGCGAGAAAUUAUCGGUUAUAAAUAGCAAAGCGCCUUCACCCAAUUGCGAAAUACACGAGGAAGAGCUCUCGUCCACGUUUUGUAAUAUUUUAAACGACAACGUAAUCGUCAACAGUCACUUAUCAGUAGAAAGACCCUACUACGAAUCGGACCACAGCAAUAUAUCGAGUGUGGCACCUUCGCCAAAAUGCGACAUAAUCGAUGGCGUAUUGCUCGACGACACGAGCCAAAUAAGCGACGGCUUCGGUUUCGAAAAAAGCUUCGCUCAAAGCACAAUCCCGAUAACAACGCAACCAAUAGCAAUUGAGGAGACCACUACAACGACUACCACCACCACAACGACCAUCAUUUACGAAGAAGUACCUUCGCUGCGCGAAUUAGCCGCCAGUGCUUUGGCCAAGCUGAGCAUCGGUUCGGUGCCCUCGUUUAACAGGAGUAACCUGUUAGAAGUAUGGGUAACGCCGGAACGAACCGAAAUCAUUAUCCAUUCGGAAGAUAACGAACCUGGCCAGACUGAUUUGGUGAUCAAUGAUAAUCAAGUAAUGAUCACAGACGCGUACGGCGACGACGACGACGUCAACAUAGCUACGAAUUUCGAUCAAAUUAAAGAAAUAGCUUUCGAUUACUCCGCCAUAGGUAUCGAGUCGUCGAUCGCCUGCGCUGCCGCAGCCAACGAACGCGAUAAAAUCGCCGCCGACGAAGAAGUACAAUGCCAGUGUUUGAUCAUCAGCAGCGAAGAGUCGAUAGUUUGUCUCAGGUGUUCGUUGAAUUCGUCUAUUAUCGUUAACCAAGACUUAGACAUCGAAAGUAAUCACUACGAUGUCGAUAAACCCACCGAUAACGAUAUAGUCUACGCUAACGAACAGAUAAGCUACUAUCAAGAAACCGUUCGCGAAGAUUUCAGCGACUCUUCGACAUUCACUUCGGUCAAUUGUAUCGAAGACUCGUUCGUCGAUCACAGAAUCACCGUAACUCCCGAACACCCUGCCACCAUCGAAGAAGCUGUCGAAACCGAAUUCGUACCAAUCAGCGAAGCUGCCACACAAACGAUAGAAGACCAGCAAGCCGACAUCGAAGUAGAAAACAUCACCGACUCGAGCCCAUCCUCAGACUCAGCUUCUCGUAACCCUCGACACGUUCAACUAAAAGUCCAACUACCUUGGCAUAAAAUUUUCAACCUAAAUCAGACCAACGACACGUCAUCGCAUCAAUCUGAUCAAAAAAUCCUAGAACUUGGUCCGGCUAAAAUACAAGUUCGUCUAUCUCCCGACGAUCCCAGUGUUUUGAAUUUAAUCGAUUUACAACAAGAACGAGUCUCGCCUGUAGUUAAAGUCAAAAGACUCGUACUCCAAAGAGCCUGCGACGUAACGGAAAAAUUCGCCUCAGAAUCGACCCAAACAACUAAUCAUGUUUCUCGACGAGGUUCCCCCGACGACGACGACGUCGACUUCAAUAAAAAUAAACUCAUUAGUAGGCUACCCAAAAUGGUUAUCAAAAAAACCAACUUCAAAGAGUACAAAAGUUUCCUCCAGUCGAAUACGCUGCAACCUGUAGUCAAAUUAUAUAAAAAUAAAAGCCUCGAUGAAUUAGCCCGAAAGAUGUGUAAACUGAAGAAUUAUUCGAUAAAUUUGCAACAACUCAAAUCGUUCUCGUUUCCUGACGAUGUUGUACGAACCGAUCCAGUGACUGAUCAGAGAAAUGGUGAUGAGGAUUUGAGACCAGUCGACCUCCAAGCUAACUCAAAAUGUCAUCGAGAUGAGGCUGUGAAUCCGGCUAUUCCGGACGUGUCAUCGAAACGUGAUCUAGCACCGAUACCGGAAUCGCAUCAUUGUCUACUGUGCCAUCGCAGUUUCCCAUCCGAAGACUCGUAUCGAAUUCAUAUAAAAGGUAGAUUUCAUCGGCACCUGGAGCUAACGCAGAGGAAAACCAUUCACGCCAUGUAUCGACAUUUUACCGGCCACAUUUGUCCGCGAUUGCGACCGCUCAGCGCCAAAGAACGCAAAAAAAUGAAGUGGAAGCCGAGGAGCUCGAACGUAAAUCAUUUUUAUCACGAAAAAACUCCGCUGCAGAUUGCCUUACAUAAGUCAGUGUUCGAAAAUAAGCCGGACGCGGAAUGUACGAGUUGAAGAUCCAUCGACGUUAUACUAAAAUCUUUGUUGGUUUUUCAUCUUCAUCAUUGUUCGUCGUCGUCGUUUUCUUCUUCAAUCAUCGACCUAUCGAGAACCACCGAAUUGCAGAGCUUAAUCAGAACAAUAACGAAAAGUUUAAUCAAAAUGUCUAAGAUUUAUCGGAUAUUUGUGAUCUGUGUUUGAUAUUUUUUUACUAUUUUUUUUCUUUCUUGUUUUCCUCUCUCCUCUGUGUACGUAUCUCAGCGUUUUAAGUGAGUCGAAUUAGCGAAUCAUACUUAAAUUAUCUGUAUUCUGUUUCCAAGAAGGUUAUAUACGAAUUGUUUUUUUUUUAUAGAAUAAUUUUUAAUUUUUUUUUUUUUUUGUCUGUCAGUGUUGGUAAAUUUUUUAACGUAUGGAUUUAUCGCGUAAUUCCUCAUUUUUUUAUGCUGAGAUGGUAGGUAAUGUGUAAAUAGUGCAAAUUUUUAAACCAAAGAUUCAUAUCUUUUUUUGUUUUUCAUUUUGUUUUUGUUUUAUUUUAUCUAUUCGAUUUUAAAAGUUGUUUUAUCUUUUUACUAUACAUAACUGAUUUUUUUAUUCUUGCUCAAAUUUUAAAAUUAUUCGAUCGAGUUUUAACUACGGGACCAAAGGUAUACAUAUGCGAGGAAUUCCUAUUUUAUGUUCAUUUCUUGUUGUACUACCUAUGUAAAAUUUUACGUACGAGCUUAUUAAUUACUAUGUUAAAUUGGCGCGGUGGUGGUGAAUGCUUUCUCUGUGCCAUGACCAGCUUCUGAAAGUGCCAUUGUAGAAAUUUGUUUCUGUUUUGUUUUAUUAAUUUGAUUUGUUCUGAUGGAUUGGGUUUUGUGCUGCUAAAAUUUGUAGAUGGAUAACGACAUUUUUAUUAUAAUUUUUUUUUUUUUCGAAAAAAAUGAACCACUUUUAUGGGUAUUAGAUAUAGGUUGAAAUAUUAGUUUUUAAGGUUAACUUGAAUUUUACUGGAAUGGUUACCGACUUGGUCGAUAAAAUAAGCCAUUUAUUAGACGAUGAUAUUUUCCAAAUGAUAAGCUACCCAGUCAACCGUUUAAUGUAACCGUAAAUACCCGCAUAUUUAAGUUCCUCCUUACAUGUAUAGACACAUUACGUGUAUUCUUGUUAGGUAUGUACUUUUUUCACAACGGUUUAAUUUUUUAAAAAUAUUGUUUCGUUUAGUUGGGUCUUUUUUAACCCUUUGAUGACUAGGAAAUUAUUGUUCAAAAGAGUUGUUUAAAGAAAAAAAUUAAAAAUUAAAUUACAGUUCUGUAAAAAAAAAAAAAAAAAAUCGGUUCAGUACUAUUUUUGAAAAUGGAGAAAUUGCUCGGUUUUCCAAAGGAAAUUUUAAAUGAGGAAUAAAAAAUUCGAAAUGUUUUCUGCAUAAAACAUUUUAAAAAUCUCGUGUGAAUUUCGCAGAGUUUGAAAAAUUUUUAUUUUUAAAUUCAAGUUUCAAGAUUGUAAAUCACAAAUCACAUUCGACUAUUUAAAAAAAUUUUAAAAUAGAAAAAAAUGUUGUUUAUAAAACAGUUGACCAUCUAUUCUGAUUUUUCCAUUUUUUUUUUUUCUUUUAAAUUUGUUCACGAAUAAAAAUUGGCAUUACUCACUUCACCCCUCCCCUUUUGAAUAUGGAAAAUUCUGCCAUCGAAUUUUUCUUAAAUGGAAAAAUUUACAUUUUGGAAGAUUGCUGAACUUACAAUGUUAAGUAGGUACAUGAAACACAAGUUAAUUUUUGAGUACUUUUAAUUAAAAUCGAUACAUCACAAUUCACAGAAUAUCUUUUCGAACUAUUAAUUUUAUCCUUAAAAUCAGAUUCCCUGAUGAAAAAUUAAUCAUGAUCGAAAAUCGAAUAAUCUAACCCUGAAAAUCGAUUCAUUUGCGAUUUGCGAUUUUCGAUUCUAUAGAAAACUUCCGGACAUUUCUCGAUCAAAAUCGAUAACAAUCGAAGAUCGAUUUAUCGGUCGCUAAAAAUCGAUUUAUUAGAGAUUUUUUUUAUCUUAUGUGAUCGAUCAUGUUGGAAAUGAAAAAUUAAUUUUAUAUAUGAAGAGUGAUAUUUCAAAACUCGCUUUGUCCAUUUUUAUCAAAAUUGGGUUUUCAGUGGUACCUGGUAGAUGAAGUAUUAACUCAUAUUCCUACAUCAUCAACCUACCAAAAUGAGGCCUUAAACUCACCUAAAUAGCCAAUUCACUAAAAAUUAAAAAAAAAUAAUGUUCCAAAACGUGUUUUGUCCAUUUUUAUUGAAAUUUUUUUUCAGCAGUAUUUAAGUGGAUGAAAUGUAUACCUACACUCCUACAUCAUAAAUCCACCCAAAUAAAGAGCUAAACUCGCCUAAAAAGCCAAUUUACCCGUUUAAAGGGAAACUGUUUUUCCUCUCUCCUGAAAAGUUGUGAAAAUGGACAAAGCGAGUUUUGGAAUAUCACUCUUCAUAUGCUUGAAAAUCGAUUGAUCUAACUCCAAAAAUCGACCCAUUUGCGAUUUUAUAUUUUAAUCUCUAUAAAAAAAUUUCCACAAUUUUUCGAUCAAAAUCGAUCAUGGUCGAAAAUCGAUUUAUCGGUCGCUAAAAAUCGAUUUAUUUGCGAUUUUUUUUAUCUCAUGGGAUCGAUCAUGUUGGAAAUGAAAAAUCAAUUUCAUGCUCGAAAUUUGAUUUCAAGAUCAAAAAUCGAUCAUGGUCGAAAAUCGAUUUAUCGGUCGCUAAAAAUCGAUUUAUUUGCGAUUUUUUUCAUCUCAUGGGAUCGAUCAUGUUGGAAAUGAAAAAUCAAUUUCAUGCUCGAAAUUUGAUUUCAAGAUCAAAAAUCGAUCAUGAUCGAAAAUCGAUUGAUCUUACUCCAAAAAUCGAUCCAUUUACGAUUUUCUAUUUUAGUCUCGAUAAAAAAUUUCCGAAAUUUCUCGAUCAAAAUCGAUGAUGAUCGAAAAUCGGUUUAUCGUUUCCUAAAUAUCGAUUUAUUUGCAAUUUUUUUUUUUUAUCUUAUGUGAUUGAUCAUGUUGGAAAAUGAAGAAUCAAUUUUAUUUAUGCUCGAAGAUUGAUUUCAAGUUCAAAAAUCGAUCACGUUUGAAAAUCGAUUAAUCUAAUCUCAAAACUAGACUAAAGUUGAAUUUUUCUAUCAAAAUCGGCGAUGAUCGAAAAUCGUUUGAUCGUAUCCUAAAAAUCGAUUUAUUUACGUUUUUCUUUCAUCACUUCCUAUCGAUUAUGUUUGAAAUUCAAGGUCGAUUUCAGGCUCAAAAAUAGACUUUAAGAUCAAAAAUCGAUUCAAUUUCGAUUUUCGAUCCUAAUUCAAAAUCGAUGAUGAUCGAAAAUCGAUAAAUUGAAUCCUGAAAAUCGAUUUAUCUGCAAUUUGUUUUACCUCGUACACGUGUCAAAAUAGAAAAUGUGCUUCACGAUCAAAAAUUCAUCAUCAAAAAUCGAUUAAUCGAAUCCCCAAAAAAUCGAUUUACAAUUUGCGAUUUUCUAUUUCGUAUAUGAUCGAUCAUGUUUGAAAUGAAAAUCAAUUUUACCCUCACAGAACUCAACUUUUCAAUCGAGAUCGAUCAUAAUCGAUAAUCGAUUUUCAGAAAUCGAUUUAUUGGUGGUUUUCAACUCCACAUGAUCGAUUAUGUUUGAAAUGAGAAAAUCAGUUUUUGCCUCAAAAGUACCGAAGUAGACUCCCAAAUCGAGAUUGAUCACCAUCGAAAAUCGAUUAAUCGAAUCCUGAAAAUCGAUUUAUCCGCAAUUUGUUUAACCUUAUAGGCUCGUACACGUGUCAAAAAUGAAAUUCACGAUCAAAAAUCGAUUAUAAUCGAAUCCCUCAAAAAAUCGAUUUACAUAUUUGCGAUUUUCCAUCUCGUAUGAGGUUAUGAUCGAUGAUAUUUUUAAAUGAAAAUGAAUUUUAACCUCACAGCAGAACCAAACUUCUCAAUCGAAAUCGAUCAUGAUCGAUAAUCGAUUAAUCGAUCUUGAGAAAUCGAUUUUUUGGUGAUUUUUAAUCCCUGCAUGAUCGAUUAUGUUUGAAAUAAAAAAUUAGUUUUUGCCUCAAAAGUAGACUUCCCAAUCGAAUGAUCACGAUCGAAAAUCGAUUAAUCGAACUCUAAAAAUCGAUUUAUUUGCGAUUUUCGAUCCCAUAUGAUCGAUCACAUUUUUUUUUCUCAGAAGGCAAUGAGCAACAUAUUUUGAAAAUUGAUUUUUUGUUUGGUCGAUUCAUUUUUCGAUUUUCGACUGUAUACGUAUCAUGAACAGUAAUUGAUCUUUUCAAAGUUGUAUUAAUUGUUUUUAUUUUGCUAGGAUGAAACUGAUUAAUUUUUUUUCUAUUUUUUCGAUCAUUUUUGGAAAAUUUGAUAUCUUAUUAUGAUUGUAAUUGAAAAUUGAAAAUCGAUCGAUCGAUCGAUCGAAAUUCGAAUUUGAAAAAACAGGGUAAUUUUAAUCAAUUGUUUUCAAACAAGAAUAAAGACAAAUUUGAAAAAAAGUCAAUCCUUGUGAAUCGAAAUCAAAAAUCAAAAAUUCGGUCAGUUGAAAAAAUUAAUUUUCUAAAGAUGGUCUUUUUUGACCAAAAAAAACAACAAUUUUGGGAAGUUUUUACCAAACAAGAAUAAAAAUUAAACAAUUCAAAACAAGACAUAAUUUCCAAUAGGAUCUGUGAUCGAUCAUUUGAGAUAGGAAAUGAAUUGAUUUUGAAGCUCAUCGAUCGAAUAAUUCUCGAUCAGGAUCAAUUUUUGAUGAAAAGAAGUCUAAUUUUGAAAUUAGAAUUGAUUGUUCAAUUCAAACAGUCUUCUUAAAAUAUCAAUUGGAAAGAUUUCUUUGCAAGUAUUCCAUAUACAUGAUAAUUCUAUUUCUCUUUCCCUCUCCUUUCAAGUACAGAAAUUAUGUAAUCAUUUUUACCAGAUCACCAAAAAAAAAAAAAAAAGGUAAAAAUCAGAGCAUCUGAUUUCUUUUUUUGGGGGGGAUCAAUAAUUUUUAACAUGAUAAGUCUUCAGCAAAUUUUAUUUAUUUUUAAUAAAUUCUGUUUUUCAAGUAUAUGAAAAAUGUUUACAAUCUCAAAUUUUCAAAAUCAAAAAUGAUUCUAUUUUUUAAUAAAAUGAAAAAUUCCUUUAAAAUUUGUGAUUCUGAUCUCCAAAAUAUGUAAAAAUGACGAAUUAUAGUUAGGUUCAGUUUUUCCCACCACAAUCCUUGAUUUCUGAUUCUUUGUUGGAAUUUCGUUUUGAAACAUGAGUAGGUCUAGGUAUCUCAUUUUGAAGUUUGAUCUACGUAUAUUUUCCCAUUUCGAAAGUCAGAAUUGAACCGAAUCUAUUUUUUUAUAAAAAUUGUAAGCCAAGUGUUUUAUUACUUAGAUCAUUUUUUAUGAACACUCAAAUUUCAUUCGUUCAAUAUUGUUCCAUGCUCCAAAAGGUUGAAGGAUUAUUGAAUUGAAAAAAUUAUAAUCUAAAUAAUAUUAGCCAAGUUUUUUUUUUUUUUUUUUUUUUUUUGUUAUUUAAAAUUAAUUUUUCAAACAUUGGAUGGAAUUGAAGAGAAAUGCAGCUGAAUAGUUAGAAUAAAUAUGUCUCGCAUUUCAAACAUUUUUUUACCGUAAUAUUUACUAAAAUGAUUAACACAUUACUUUGUUCCAAAACGAUCGAUUCUCACCUUUUAUGUAUUUUGUAUACAAUUAGAACUCGUGUGAAAACCGUUAAGUUAUUUGAGUUUAAAACCCUCACACAGUAUCCAGACUUGAAAGAAAACAAAUCAAACGAGUGUGAAUAUUCUACCGUCGCGCUAAUUUGAUACAAAAUGUUCAUUUUUCAUUUACAUUGGUUAAAUUUUCUUUCGUUAAAAAAAAGAAAGAAAAAGAAACAAAGACUAAUUUCAUCCAUAAUGAUUCAGUUGUUUCUACGUGUUAUUUUUAUUAAUAUAGGUAAUUUAUAAGAACUGUUAUCGGUAUAUAAUUUUUUUUCCUAUUUAUUAGAAUAAUUGUAUAAUUUUUAAAAUGAUCUCGAAUGAUUAUAUCAUGUACCAAAAUUGUUGUGUUGAACUUUCGUUAUAAUAUUUCGUAAUAUGCUUUCAUCCUUGUUUUAUUUUUCUUCAACCAUACCUCUACUAUGUACUAUAUCGAUUUGGUAUACGGAUUUUUUUUAUUAAAUUUGUAUACGACGAGUAAAAAAUUUCGAAAGGAUUAACAGACACGUUGAAUAUAAAAGUCUGAUUCAUGAUUAUGUAAUAUAAUACAUUUAAGCCUAAGUAACUGUAUUAUAAGUAGGUAAUAUGUAACUAUCUCUCUAGACAAUUUGUAUACGAGGGUGUUUUGUGAUUUAUUUAUAAAAAAAUUAUUCUCUCGAUUGUAAUUAGAUAUUUUAUUUAUUUCAUUAUUUCUCGAGCAUUCCUGAAAUAUUAUGUUUUUGAAAUUCCACGUGUUUCAUUCCACAUUGAAAUAUCAUCAUCGUGUGUUGUAUUUCUUUAUAUUUUUUUCCUAAACAUUUUGUACAUAGUCUAUUUAUGAUUCGUUUUACCUACCUAUACCUUAUUUAUGUCGUGUGUUUUUGUUUUUAUUUCUUUUUGGGAAUUUAAUUAGGUAUUUGAUAUAUUUUAUAUACGAGAUGUGGUAUACUUUUUUCUAAGUUUAGUUGCCUAGUUGGUGCGCAGAUAGGCGUUGAAAUGUUUAGAUUUUCCUGUAUAACCUUUUUUUCUUUCUUUCUUUAUUUUGUUGUUAGUUUUCUUCGUUUUUUUUUCAAUUUUUAAUUUUUAUUUAUUUAGUUACCUUUCGAUGUUAUUUUGUUGUUAUUAUUUAUUUCUGUCGAAUUUACCACGAUGUGGAAUAUUAAUGAUAAAUGUGUUAGUUGAUUGGAAUACAUUUUAGAGGUUAAUUAGGUAAUGUUUUAUUGUACGGAAAAGUGCAGGAAAUGAAAAAAAACUAAAAAACUUUCAAAUAUUUUAUAGGAUUUGAUUAUUCGUGUUAAAAUAUUGUACAUUGAUUUAGGUAGUUAAUUUUAUAAAGGGUUGGUUUUGUUUUUUUUUUUUUAUUUCGACUAGUCCUUGUUGGUCUCCUGUGCGAUAAACUUUCUCGUGUGUCGUUCCUGUUUUAUCCACAACAGCAUCACAUCAUCACAUAGUAGACUACCUAUUUUUUUUUUUUUUUUUUUGAAAAAUUUACGAACGCUUUCAAUACUAUGAGCUUAUUUUUUUUUUUAGUCUGAUGUACGAAGUUUAAAAGAUAAUAAAAAACCAUCGAGCUUAUAUAUUUAAACAGACUAUAGUAAUUUUAAAAGUUUAAUUUUUUUGGGUAUCUGUAUAGCCUAUAAGUUGGUCUUAUGGUGGUUUUGAAAAUUUUGUGAUCCCGAUACCGAGAUACCUUUUUUAUUUAUUUUUUUUCUGUUUUGUUUUGGCGCCUUUUUACAUAAUAGUCGGCAGUUACCGCUAAUUUUUCUGUUUUAUUUUACGGUUGGAAAUUACCUAUUAUUGUUGUUUUGGUUUUUUUUAUUUAUUUAAUUCCUUUUUCUUUCUCUUUUUUGUUGCGGUGUAUAAAUUUGAAUGAUGCGAUUCUAUAUUUUCUUCUGUAAUAAUGUGUAAUUCACAUGCAGGUUUUUAUUUUAAUACACUUUAUUGUGAAAAAACAGGGUGAUUUGCAAUUUGUAUCGUAUUUUGAUUUUAAUCAAAAUAAUAAAUGUGAUUUUAAACGUG